AUGUUCGUGCGAAGAUCCUUGUUGCUCACCGUCUCCUGUGCUGUUCUCGCUGCCACCAAUGCCUUCGUGGCGGUUCAGCCCAGCGCGCGUCUGCUCAAGUCUGGGGCACGGCCCGUCCGUCGACAACAGUCUUUGUCGGGCUUGAAGAUGACGGCAGUGGAGCGGAACGGUUUGAUGAAGGAGUCGAUCUACGGCCUGAAGCAGAGGCCCAACGGAGACAUCUGGGUCCCGCAGAGGGCCAGGCCUCGCAGGAACCGCAAGAACGAGGGGCUGAGAUCGAUGGUGCGGGAAAAUCGCGUGGAGCCAGCCAACUUCAUCUACCCGCUGUUCGUACACACCAAGGACAGCAACGAGAAGAUCGACUCCAUGCCUGGCUGUGAGAGACACACGGAGGAGAGCUGCCUGCGCGAGGUUGGGGAGGCCAUCGCUGAGGGCGUCAGCAAUGUUAUCCUGUUCCCAAAGAUCCCCGAGGGACUCAAGUCGAACAGCGCGGACGAGUGCUACAACCCUGAGGGCUUCAUCCCCUCCCUCAUCUCCAAGAUCAAGGGCAAGUACGGCGGCAGCGUCAACGUCUGGACGGAUGUUGCCUUGGACCCCUACUCCGACCAGGGGCACGAUGGGAUGGUCAGCACGGACAAGCGAGGAGAUGGAGGCAAGGGCAGGAUCCUCAACGACGAGACGGUCGAGCAGCUUUGCCGUCAGGCUCUGGCGCAGGCUCGCGCGGGUGCUGACGUGGUCGCGCCUUCGGACAUGAUGGACGGGAGGAUCGGCGCCAUCCGAGACGCCCUCGACUCCGAGGGCUUCACCGACGUCUCCAUCGUCGCCUACACGGCCAAGUACGCCUCAGCCUUCUACGGCCCCUUCCGUGAUGCUCUCGACUCAGCCCCUCGCGAGAGCUCCAACGCCCCUCCCAACAAGAAGACCUACCAGAUGGACCCAGCCAACUCCCGCGAGGCUCUUGUGGAAGCUGCGCUCGAUUCUGCGGAAGGAGCCGACAUGCUCAUGGUCAAGCCUGGCAUGCCUUACCUGGAUAUCAUCAAGCUGCUCAAGGACAACACCAACUUGCCCAUCUCUGCCUACCACGUGUCCGGCGAGUACGCGAUGCUCAAGGCGGCGGCUGAACGAGGAUGGGUGAACGAGAGGGACGUGGCGCUGGAGACGCUCCUUUGCUUCAAGCGAGCUGGCGCCGACGCGAUCUUGACCUACUACGCCAAGCAGGCGGCGAGGUGGCUCAACGAGUGAAGUUGAUGGAUAAAGAAAAGAAAAAAACC